GUUUCCUCGUCUUUGUUUAUUCCUCUUUCAUUAUAACAAAUCCUCCAACCUGUCAAAGUAUAUCUUGUGAUAGGAUUGAGUAAGCAGAGUCCAAUAUUGCUUGAGUUCUUUCCCCUCAGAUUCCUAUCGGACUCAUUCAUCAUGAUGAAACCAACUGUUAUCAUGGCGGUUCUCGCCUCUAGUGGCUUUCUCCACACGGCAUUGGCAGAUGACAGUCUCGGUACUCAGUCUAUGGUUCCGCCUACCACAACCGGUGAAUCAGCCAUCAUGGCCAAUACGCUUCAGAAGCGAGAUGCUUAUACUUGCUACGGUUCUACGAACACCUCCGUCACGGAUUGCCAGAAGAUCAUCGACACCAUUCUUGCCGAUAAGCAGAAGGAUUUCACCCUCUGGCCCAAUAUCUGUGCUGUCUGGAACCAGGGAACCUGUAAGGUUCGCUUUUGUGCUCAGCCCUAUGUGACAAGGCCUGUCAAUCGAUCAGGGACAUGGCUGGCUACCUAUAUAACCAGCCCAAUCUUGGAUGGCUGUAUCGGAAAAGGAAACAUGGGAGUCUAUGGAGACAAUGAAAACCUCAACGGUCACGCAGGUACGUACCGAGUAUGGGUAUCUUAGUUCUGGCAUAGGCAAUAGGGGAUCAGACAAGACCGUGACA